AAUGUACAUUUCAAGAAACUAGAGAGUACAAGUUUAAGACAAAAUUACUUAUAAUAUAUCCUGACUAUGCACAUAAGUUUUUUUAAAGUAAUACUUUUAGGGUAUUUAUGACGUAGUAAACUCAUGUCUCAUCUGAAGUCUUAAGACGUUCAUAUAAGUGAAUUUCUCAUAAAUUUGAGGACAAUUUCAUAUGAAUAGGUAGAAAGGGUCGAUAUGGAAUAGAUGUAACGUUAACAGAGCUGCUACAACAACUUAUGCUAUCUGUCUUUGGUUAUUAAUCAAAGAUGUAUUGUGGAAUUGUAAAUAGUUGAGCAGAGAACCUAUUUAAAAAGGUACUCAAGCUCGAUGCUUAGUAUUGGCUAGUUUAAUACGUGUAGCUUAUUGCAGUGACUGAACUACAAGUAGCACCCAUCGCUCCGCCUCGGGGAUGCCAGGUUCUCUUCAGCUGGACUGGGGGUUUUACAACUUGCACCUGGCAACACACAGAAGCCACGCCCACUGCGCCGUCGUCACACUGAGGUCAGGUCGACGGAGCGAAGAUGGCGGCCGCCUACGAGAGAUAUAAUUUGCACACGACCCCGGAGAAGUUCUUCAUCGAGGCCUGUGAUGAGGGGGCCGACGCCGUGCUGGCCAUCGACAGGGUCUCCAGUGAAAUGACCCUCACAGGUAAGAAGGACGUGCCCCCCUCAGCAGUCACCAGACCCAUAUGUGGCCUCAUGGGGACCGUCCGCCUGGUGGCCGGCAUGUACCUGAUCGUCAUCACCAGGAAGAGGAACGUGGGCAGCCUACUGGGCCACGCCGUGUGGAAGGCGGUGGACUUUGACGUGAUCUCGUACCAGAAGACGGUGCUGCACCUCUCAGAGAUCCAGUCUCAGGAGAAUAAGACCUUCCUGUCCAUGAUCAACAACGUGCUGAUGACCGACGGCUUCUACUUCUGCACUGACUACGACCUGACGCACACGCUGCAGCGGCUGGCCAACACCAGCCCCGACUUCCAGGAGAUGAGUCUGCUGGAGAGGGCAGAUCAGAGGUUUGUGUGGAACGGGAACCUCUUGAGAGAGCUGGCUGCACAACCAGAGCUUCAUAAGUUUGCACUCCCUGUUGUCCAUGGAUUCAUCGUGAUGAAGCCAUGCCGUAUAAACGGAAAGAUCUUUGAGUGGAUCCUCAUAUCCAGGAGGAGCUGCUUCCGGGCCGGCGUCAGAUACUACGUGAGAGGCAUCGACUCUGAAGGCCAUGCUGCCAACUUUGUGGAGACGGAGCAGCUGGUCCUGUACGAGGGAGCCAAGGCUUCGUUUGUCCAGACUCGAGGGUCCAUCCCCUUCUACUGGAGUCAGAGGCCCAACCUCAAAUACAAACCCAAACCCGUGAUCAACAAAACCACCAAUCACAUGGAUGGCUUCCAGAGGCAUUUUGACUCUCAGGUCCUCAUCUACGGGAGGCAAACUAUUCUGAACCUGGUGAACCACAAGGGCUCAGAGAAACCCCUGGAGCAGGCCUUUGCCAAGAUGGUGUCUGGCCUGAACAACGGGAUGCUCAGUUACGUCGCCUUCGACUUCCACAAAGAGUGCAGCCACAUGAGGUGGGACCGCCUCCAGAUUCUCGUGGAUGACGUUGCUGAGACACAAGACCAGUACAGCUACUUCAUGGUGAGCCCCGAGGGGAAGGCGCUGGCCCAGCAGAGGGGACUGUUCCGCAGCAACUGCAUGGACUGCCUGGACCGGACCAACGUCAUCCAGAGCCUGCUGGCCCGGAGCGCCCUGCAGUCGCAGCUCCUGAGGAUGGGGGUUCUGAGCGUGGGUCAGCGGCUGGAGGAGCAGCUCGAGUUUGAGAAGAUCUACAAGAAUGCAUGGGCCGACAACGCCAAUGCAUGCGCUGUCCAGUACGCUGGAACUGGAGCCUUAAAAACGGACUUCACCAGGACCGGGAGGAGGACCCGGUGGGGGCUGCUGGUGGACGGGUGGAACUCAAUGAUCCGCUACUACAAAAACAACUUCUCUGAUGGAUUCCGACAGGACGCCAUCGACCUGUUUCUGGGUAACUUCGCUGUGGAUGAGUCUGACGGGCCCACUCCUCUCCGGGUGCAGAAGGACUGGAAGUUCCUCACGCUGCCCAUCAUCAUGCUGGUGGCAUUCUCCAUGUGCAUCGUCUGCCUGCUCAUGGCUGGCGACACGUGGACGGAGACCCUGGCCUACGUGGUGUUCUGGGGGGCGGCGAGCGCCAUCACAGCCACCAUCAUCCUGUUCAACGGGCAGGACUUUGUGGACGCGCCCAAGCUGGUGCACAAGGAGAAGCUGGACUGAGGCGCGGAGCAGGCGGACUGUUGACCUCUACAUCCUGUGUGGAGGUGCUGCUGUCCCCUCCAGAGGCUGUGAUGCACUUUGACUGUUUUAAUGUUCUUUACUUUCCUCAAAACAACCAUUUAGAACACUACUGCUCAUUUUGGUAUUCCAUAUUUGUGUCAUGAUGUCACCAAGCUGAACCGACCAAUAGACAUGAUGGUGAAGCGGGGGCGGUCAGUGUCCACACCACACAUGAGUCAUCAGUGAUGAUGAGGGCAGCUCCUUCAUCCCAACACAUCGUAUGUCUAACAUUCAAAUAACAGUCCCUCUCAGAGUAUCUGAUGGUCCCCAGACUGCCGAGGAGCUGAUGGGCCCUGAAUGCACCGCGCCGUACAACGGGCACGUCCAGGUGAACGUGUGUCUGGCCGUGUGCUGAGCCAUCGGUUCUGACGCUAACUUGUGAUUGGUCGCCGCUGCUCUCGGGGGUCUCCAUGGUUUCUGUCCAGACGGGUGAUGAGCACGUUGUCUCCACACGGGUUGUUGUUGUUGUUGUUGGCCUUACAGGCCGUCUAGGACCUGUCUUCUUCUCCGUCCCAGGGGAAACUGCUGCAGCCGUUGUCAUGGGAGCAGACAUGGUGGCUGGGUCAGAGAUGUAGCUGGAGACAUGGGGAGGAGUUCUGUGGUCCUGCAGCAGAACAUCAGUGUUUCUGACCUCCUUUAAGAUCUUUAUACGUCUUACCAUCGAGUGUUUACUGUGUCGUGACAAUAUCAGACACUUCUGUUGAAGUCCAAAUCCUUGAUCUCCAGAGGAUUGUUCCGGGGAUUCCCUUUGAUCUCCGACCUGACGUUGCAUGGGUUUACCGUGCUCCUGUCCAGGUGGUCCAGGUGCAGCCUUCCAUUCAUGUAAAGCCACUCUGAUGUUGAUGAAGCCGUGUGUGAUGUCCUAUGCAGGAGGUCUGCUGUUGGUCCUGCAGUGAGAACAGGAUCUCAUGUGACGGGUCAUCCGUGUGGAUGUGUUCAUGGCCGUGCUCCAGCUCGGUUCAUUCUGAUCUGAACCGUCUCACGUCGUAAAGCAGGAGAGGCCAGACAACGCUCUUUACAUCUGGGGAACAGGACGAGCCGUGAGGGCAGGAUCACUUCUGCGUCAGACGUGUUGCUCUGCAUGACGGCAGCGGCUGGUGGCUCCGGAGCGCUCCUCCUGGAGCUCAUCAGUCGUUCAGCGCCUCAUGGACACGCCCUCCUCUGCUCACGCAGCAGACCUGUGGUGUUCUGGGAUGUGGUCAUGACGUGUUCUUUAGCUUGUGGACAUCACUCUAGUGGAUCAUGUGAUGUGUCACAUGACGAGCACACUUUACUGCACCUGUUCAUUUGGGCUUCCUUUGAUCACACUGAUCUUUCUUCUUCUUGGGCAUCUGGGGGCUUUAGAAAUGUGUGGAGGGUUCAUUCUUCAUUUAAAGAAUAAAGUAUAUAUUCAAGCAUAUCAAAUGAAACGCUGUCAACAUUUGUUUGUUGUACUUGGGAUCAUUAAUAAAUUGGUUUAGUCUAUUGCACACAAGCGGAUACUUAGUUUGAUGCAACGCUGGAGUGUUUGUGUCUGAAGGCGGUCCACCAACAGGACCACGGCACCGGGCUGACUGCAUGCAGACGGCCCCGACGCGACCCCGACGCGACCCCUUCUGCAGCCGGACAGAGACGGCCUGGCCUUCAAUGUGGACAACCUUUGCGGCCUCUGACAGGGAUGUGGACCUCCAGGCGCUGCCUCCUCUCCAGCAUGUGCAGCCUCGACGGUUCCGCCUAACUGACGCCGUCCACCCUCCGGUCCUUCCCGUGAUCGCGACCCCCGCCGCGGCAGCAUGAGCACGUUGUGGAUGGGCAACAGACGUUUCCUGGAGGUGCUGGUGCUGGUCCUCUGCUGCCCUCCCGACAUCUGGCUCCAAUGACCUCUGGCACCUCACAUCCACCUCCAGGGCCUUUAAGAAGAUGGACCGCCAUCGCGUCUUCAGUAUCCCGAAGGACCUCUCCACAACACACCUGGCCUUUGACAGGCAGCAGUUGUAGCUUGGAGGUGGACAGGCUGCCUGAAGGGGGUCAUGAGGCAGAUGGGUUGGGACAGGCAGGGUAGCCACCAUCCCCAAGGAUACAGUAUCCUGGUGGAGGGGAUGACUGCUCAUAGAAGAUGGGGCUGUUAUUCAGGACCCUGGCAUCAUGCACUGAGCCCGGGGCCUGUCGAAGGCCCUGGCCACCACCCGAUAGGAGGUGGCGCUGGCAAGCCAAAAAAUAAACACUAGACGGGAGAUCUCGGGGCCCCAACCGUGGUCAGUCAGUGCCCAGCACAGCCAUGAGGGCGUUGAAUGACUCGGGUGAGCCUGAAGUCCACCCUCAUGUCACUGUGGCCAUCACAACACAACGCCAGCAGUGGCAUUGCAACAUUGAUACGGCAGCGCCGCCUGGGACUGGGUGGCUGCUGUAGAGUGUGGGGAGGGGAGGGGAAGGGAAGAUUAUAUUAAUAUGCAAGUCAUUUUAUCAAUAAAAUGUUGUCAUUGA